UCUCUCUCUCUCUCUCUCUCUCUCUCUCUCUCUCUCUCUCUCUCUCUCUCCUCUUUUCAUUUCCUCUCCGAUUUUCAUUUCCAGAAUUCUCCUUCUCCUUUAUCUCUCUGUCGCUGAUCGGAGCGUCUCCGGCGAGCUCUGAUCGUCGUCCGGUUGCUUCGGAAAGACACACUUCCGACUUCCAUCGCUGAUUUUCCAGCGUGUUCUGUGAGCGAAGCUUCGUCCUGAGCACGACGACUUGAAGACUUGGAGCAGCAGAUGGAUUUACGCUCCUCUUGAUUCACAUUUAAGAAAGAAAUUCAGUAAUUUUAAGAUGAAAAAGCACCGCUUCCGGGAUUCUAUGAAGUCCUUGUUUGGAAGUCACAUCGACGCUGAGAAGGAUGAACGGCGCAAAGGGACUAAAAUAGAUAUGGAGGACAAAGUAAAUAGAAUGCUGAAGCUUCUAAAAGAUGACGAUCUAGAAGAAAAGGAUAACAAUCUGGUGGACGUCUCCAAAAAGGAACCACUUGCAGAGCUAAUUCAGGAUUUCCACAAACAAUACCAGUCCCUCUAUGCAGAAUAUGAUCAUCUAACAGGAGUGCUAAAGAAAAAAGUUCGUGAUAAGCAAGAUAAUGAUAGCAGUUCUUCAUCAAGCUCAGAGUCUGAUUCCGAAUAUUCUUCAAAUGACAAGAAAAGCAAAAAUGGACUGUUGGAAAGUGAUGUCAAACAAGAACUCGAAUCAGCACAUCUAGAAGUUGCUGACCUGAAGAAGAAACUGACGGCUACAGUUGAAGAAAAAGAGGCUUUAAGCUUGGAAUAUGCUAUGGCUUUAAGCAAGAUAGAGGAAACAGAGAAGAUUUCCAAAGAUAUGAAGACUGACGCUGAAAGAUUAGAUGCUGAAAAAUUGAAACUUUUGGCUGAGAAUAGUGAGCUAAAUCAAAAGCUUGAAGCUGGUGAAAAGAAAGAAGCUGAACUGAGUCGACAAGUGGAAGAUAUGGAAAGGGAGAGAAAUAUUUUGAUGAAGGAGAAAGAGACUGGUCUGAGAAGGAUUGAAGAUGCAGAAAAGAAUUCAGCAGACUUGAGAAGUUUGGUUGAUCAGCUGAAUGAUGAAAAAGUAACCCUUGAGCAACAACUAGAGUCUGUUAGAGGGGACAUCUCAAAUAUGAAGCAAGAGGUGGAAUCUUCAGAACAGCAAGUGUCAGAUUUAAGCAAAGCUAAGGAGGAAGAAACCUUGAAAGUUUUGGAGAUCAAAAGUGAGAUUCAUCAGGCACAGAAUGUGAUACAAGAACUCACUGAUGAAGCUAGUCAGCUUAAGGAGAAACUCGAUCUGAAGGAGCUGGACCUUGAAUCUUUGCAAGGUCAGAAAAGAGAUUUGGAAGUGAAGUUUGAGACCAAAGAAAAGCAACUGGCAGAGGAGAAUGCAGGUUUACAAGCUCGAAUUUCAGAACUCGAAUCAAUGUCUAAAGAGAGAGAAGCUGAACUUUCUGCUCUCACGAAGAAAAUUGAGGAGACCUAUAGUGAACAUAGUCAGGUACAGGAGCAAUUAGGUCAGAGGGAAAUGGAGUAUUCAACUCUGUCUGAGAGGCACAGGCUGCAUCAGGACGAAACAUUGGCACAAAUAAAGGGAUGGGAGGAUAAAGUAACAGAGCUGGAAUCAGUUCUCGAGUCUUUGCAAGGCGAGAAAAGAGAUAUGGAAGUGAAGUCUGAGAGCAAAGAAAAGCAACUGGUAGAGGAGAAUGCAGGUUUACAAGCUCAAAUUUCAGAACUGGAAUCAUUGUCAAAAGAGAAAGAAGCUGAACUUUCUGCUCUCACGAAGAAAUUUGAGGAGACCAAUAAUGAACAUGGUCAGGUACGGGAGCAAUUAGGUCAGAGGGAAAUGGAGUAUUCAACUCUGUCUGAGAGGCACAGGCUGCAUCAGGACGAAACAUUGGCACAAAUAAAGGGAUUGGAGGAUAAAGUAACUGAGCUGGAAGUGGCCCUCAAGUCUUUGCAAGGCGAGAAAAGAGAUACGGAAGUGAAGUUUGAUAGCAAAGAGAAGCAACUGGCAGAGGAGAAUGCAGGUUUACAAGCUCAAAUUUUAGAACUCGAAUCAAUGUCAAAAGAGAGAGACGCUGAACUUUCUGCUCUGACAAAGAAACUUCAGGAUAGCAGUGAUGAAUCAUCGUCUACUAUAGCAGAUUUGACAUCACAGGUCAACAAUCUGCUAGCAGACUUAAGUUCUGUCCGCCGUGAGAAAGUUGAAUUGGAGGAAAAUAUGCGACGUCAAAGUGAUGAAGCAUCCACUCAAGUCAAGGGCUUAAUGGAACAGUUGAGUAUAUUGGAGUCCCUAAACAGCCAGAAAGCUGAGUUGCAAGUGAAUCUUGAGAAUAAAACUCAAGAAAUUUCUGAGUACUUGAUACAGGUACAAAGUCUUAAUGAAGAGAUAGCAAAAAGGACGACUGAUCAUCAGAUGAUUCUGGAAGAGAAAGAGAUUUUGAUAGCAGAAAUGAAAGAUCUUGAGCUAAAACUGGAAGCCAUGCAGAACCAGAAGAAUGAACUCGAAGAGGAUAUAAGAAAGAAAAUUCUAGAGCAUGACCAGUUGAGAGCAGAAAUGUUGGACCUAAAGGAUCAAUUUUCUGUGUUUGAGAAGACAAUAGCACAAAGAGAGGUAGAUUUCUCUUCUCUCCAAGAGAAACAUGAUAAUGGACAGAACGAAGCCGCUGCUCAAGUAGUGGCCCUCGUGGCACAGGUUAAUGGUCUACAAGAAGAGUUGGAUUCAUUGCAAACCCAGAAGAACCAAAUGGAGUUGCAGUUUGAGAAGGAAAAACAGGAGCUUCUAGAUACCCUGACGCAGUUGGGAACUGAUAAGAUCGAGUUAACGAGCAAGACCAGUGAUCUUCAGAGAAUGCUGAAUGAACAGGAGGAUUUAUACACCAAGUUAAUUGAGGAACAUAAACAGCUUGAAGGUAAGUGUCAGGAUGACAAGGUUAGCAUUGAAUCCAAAGAUCAAAUGAUAGCUGAUUUGGAACAGUUGUCUGAAGACCUCAAAAGAGACCUUGAAGAAAAAGGUGAUGAACUAAGUUCUUUGGUAGAGAAAUCCCGCAAUACUGAAGUUAAGCUCCGCCUGUCAAACCAGAAGCUCCGGGUUACAGAGCAAGUGCUGGCCGAGAAGGAACAGAACUUCAUAAUUGCUGAGCUGAAAUACCAAGAAGAACAAAGAGUGCUCGAAGACAGGAUUGCUGCAUUGACUGGUAUAAUCUCUGCAAACAAUGAAGCUUAUCAGAGAAACAUCAACUGCAUUUCAGACAAUGUGAACAGUUCUUUGAUCGCACUGGAAUCUGUGAUUAACAAAUUUGUCGAUGACUAUGCGAAGUACGAGAAGUGUAUUGUUGAAACAUCAGAGCAGCUUCAGAAUGCAAAGAAAUGGGUUGCGGAAACGAAUGUUGAGAGAGAGAAGUUGAACAGGAAGGUGGGGGUCCUAAGCAAAGAACUGCAAGAUAAGAUAGAGGAAGCAUUGGUGUUUAGAGAGAAGGUUGAGAAGUUGGAAACAGAAGCAAGCAAGGUACAAGUGGAGAAGGGGGAUCUGAUCAAAGCAGUGAAUCAGUUUGAGAAGAAGGUAGAGGAGUUGAAGCAGAUUGUGAAAGAGAAGAAUGAGGGCAUAUCGGUUCUGGGAGAGGAGAAGCGAGAAGCCAUAAGGCAGCUGUGCAUAUGCAUUGAGUAUCACCAGAGUCGCUAUGAUGAUCUCAAGGAGGUGCUUUCGAAGAUGGCUCCUAGAGGCCAGAGGAGGGCCUAGUCAGUGAUUGUUUCAGCAUUUGAUCAUAUAUUUUUUCUUCCUCGUUGAAGUAAGACCGUUUGUCUUACCUUCAUCAAGCAUUGCUUUUGUUGAUUCUUUCUCUUUUUUUGAGGCUAGUGUUUGAUAGAACGGUAUAGGUAAAGUUUGAAUGCAUCAGUAUGCGGCAUGAAUUCGGUUGUAUAUUCUGCUUUUUUUCUUGUCCAUUAUUUGCAGACUUGUAUAAAAUGCAGAUCACAGUUCCUCUUUUGAUUGUUUAUCUCUUCUACCUUGGUAUUGUUGAAGCUUU